UACGUAUGUGAAUCUUGUUGUUGAAUAAUGGUAGUAUAACAUCUGUUUUAGCGUUUUUUUUUUUGUUGGAUUCAUAAUUUGAGGUGAUAGGAGGUCGUUGCUUUGGAUGAUGAAUUUCGGAGUCGAAUUGUGGGAACAGUUUUUGGACUAGAAGAUAGGGUGAUCGUGUUUGUGUUGAUGCGGUUUUUAGUAUAUUUUAGUAUGUUUAUGUUUGGGGUUCUGUUUUGCAGGGAAUCCAUGUGUAUUUUGUAACUGUACAUGCAUUGAUUAGUUUAAAUUGCGUUGUCUCUAAAGUGUAUCCGCGUCUGAAUACAGGGAUGUGGUAGAUGAUAAAUGUAUUUUUGUUUAGGAAACAUCAAACAUUAGCAUGGGUGGUGCAAGAUAGUGUUUGUUUUCACUUAGGCUCUCCUUUUGUAUCAUAUAGAAAUUAGUGUUUCUGUUAAUUUAGAACUUCAAUGAUGCACGUGCUUGAGUAAUAAAAUUAUCUAUUGUUAUUUAAUUGAGUUUUGGGUAACAUAGGGUAAGUGCUCCAAGGUUUGGGAUGAUUCCAACAGAAACUGAUCUGAAUGCACUCCCUUUACUAUCAAGUAUUCCUGAAAGAGUGCUACCAGUUGCAGCCACACAGGCAAGAACAAAUGGAGAUUUAUCCUGGCAAGGUGCGCCUAUUACGUCUAGUCUUGCAAGGAAAGGGGAAGCACUUGCUGUAACUGGCUUAACUGAAUAUGGAGAUGAGAUAGAUGUGGUAGCCCCAGCUGAUAUUCUAAAACAACUUUUUAAGAUACCAUACUCCAAGGCUCGAGUCUCAAUUGCAGUUCACCGUGUUGGACAGACACUCGUCCUGAAUAGCGGGUAGGAUUCUAUUCAUAUUGCAGUUUUCUUUGUUCUGAAUGCUUUAGUUCUCAAAUGUUGUUUGAUAGGCCUGAUACUGAAGUUCCAUAAUUUUCGUAUGCUUUUGGGUAGUGACUUGCUAAUCUUUAGUAAUGAAAAGUUCGCAGCCGUGAGUUUGCAUUUGUGGAUGAGUAUCUACUAUUGAAUACCUUUCUCGCUGGUUAUAGCCUCACAAUUGUAGAUGUUGCAGUCUGGACUGCUCUUGCUGGUAAAAUUUAUGCAAUUCUAUUAUUGAGCUUCUUUAUAUCGAUGAUCCUUGAUGUGGUCUCGACUUUUUUUUUUUCCAAAGGACUUCUUUUCGUGAAAGAGAUUACUCAUGUUUUCAAUGUGUAUUAUAGCUUGCCUUUGAUUGCUAUGUCUUUUCUAUAUAAAUCAUGGCACACAAGUGUUCUACUUCUCAGAGAAUAUAUGUUCUUUUAUUUCUAUUACAGGAGCUGGUCUGAGAUGGGAAAGUUUAAGGAAAUGUUCUUUUAUAUUCUCCCAAAUUGUAUAUUAUCCAAUUCGAAGCUAAGUUUCCUAUCCCAUCUCUUUUCUAUUGAUGAUAGUGUAAGAAAGAUAUCAGAACUUAACAUCUAUCAUUGAGCUUGCCAUGGCUAUCUUGUUCAUCUAUUUAUGACAAUAGUGGGCUAAGGUUUUUCCCAUAUUCUGUGUGUAUGCUAUUUGUUCAUCUAUUUGAAAGAAUUGAAGACAAGGUUUACCUUGAAGUCUGGUAGAGUAAUGAAUGAAGGCCCUCUUACUUUUCGGCUGUUGAAGUAUUAAGAACUGAAACUUGAAGUUUCUGGUAGCAGGUAGAUCAAUUUACUUCCCUGGUGAAUAAGGAAUGAAUAAGGGUGUGUGUUGGCUGAAAUGUUAAAGAGUGUAGGGUGGUUGGCCGAAGACUUGAGUACCUACGAAAUGGUACAA